AUGCUUUCUCGCUCUCCAUUAGAACUCAGAAGAAAAGACCUAUCACGGAAGAAAGAAAGAAGCAAAUGGGAUACAAAAAAAUGGAAUACUAAUGGUACUAUUCGAAAAGUUCAGUGUGCUGGUGUCUAUUUUGUUGAUCCAUUAGCGUUAAGUGAAUUGCUUCUUAAUAAAAUUUGGGAUGGUGAAUUUAUGGCAUUAUAUGGUGCAUGUGUCACUGGUAAAACUAUACAGGUGUUUAAAGUUAUGGAACAAUUGGAAGAAGAAGGUUAUCUUUGCUUAUAUAUAUCUCUUGAGGUUCUUGAUAAAGAUAGCAAAGAAGUAUUCUGGUCAUUAUUCGGCAAAUGUCUCAUUAGGACUACUCCUCAGCAUAUCAAAGAACGUAUUAAGUCUGCUAGUGAAUUUGCUGAUUCAUUUUUAAAAAGUAGAAAAGCUAUUUAUGAGAAGUUAAAAAAAACACUUAAUGAGAGUCCUACACUUAACAUCUCAAUCUGGUUGGAUUUUACUGCAAGCAAUCGUUUGGAAGAAGCAAUACGAUUUCUCAGUUCUAUACAAAUUAAAGAUUCUGAAGAACAAAAGCUAGUAAAUUUCCUUACAGCAGAAGGAGUGCUAACAGUAGUUAACAAAGAUGACAAUGUAUACAGAAUGUCAUCUGCUUUUAUGGAUGAGCUGAUGCGACAAAAAGUUAUUUUAGAUUUAUAUAAGUCUUGCCCUGAAAGUGCAAUCCCUAAAAAACAUGAUAAUUCUUUAGACAUUCUCAAUAUUUUGCAGAUUGCCAUCCAGUUCUUUAAUAGAGAUAUCAUUUUUAAGGCAUUUGAUAGGUCAUAUAAAAUUGCAGAUGAUUUUAGCGCUGAUACCAUAGAGUAUAUGGUAGAUUAG